AUGUUACAACCCGGUACCACUACCUACCCAGUCUCCCACACCAGUGAAGAAGAAUUGACUACUUCUACUUACACUUCCACCGACUCUGAAGGUAAUGUUACCACCGGUACCACUACCUACCCAGUCUCCCACACCACUGAAGAAGAAUUGACUACUUCUACUUACACUUCCACCGACUCUGAAGGUAAUGUUACCACCGGUACUACCACCUACCCAGUCUCCCACACCACUGAAGAAGAAUUGACUACUUCUACUUACACUUCCACCGACUCUGAAGGUAAUGUUACCACCGGUACCACUACCUACCCAGUCUCCCACACCACUGAAGAAGAAUUGACUACUUCUACUUACACUUCCACCGACUCUGAAGGUAAUGUUACAACCGGUACCACUACCUACCCAGUCUCCCACACCAGUGAAGAAGAAUUGACUACUUCUACUUACACUUCCACCGACUCUGAAGGUAAUGUUACCACCGGUACCACUACCUACCCAGUCUCCCACACCAGUGAAGAAGAAUUGACUACUUCUACUUACACUUCCACCGACUCUGAAGGUAAUGUUACCACCGGUACCACUACCUACCCAGUCUCCCACACCAGUGAAGAAGAAUUGACUACUUCUACUUACACUUCCACCGACUCUGAAGGUAAUGUUACCACCGGUACCACUACCUACCCAGUCUCCCACACCAGUGAAGAAGAAUUGACUACUUCUACUUACACUUCCACCGACUCUGAAGGUAAUGUUACCACCGGUACCACUACCUACCCAGUCUCCCACACCACUGAAGAAGAAUUGACUACUUCUACUUACACUUCCACCGACUCUGAAGGUAAUGUUACCACCGGUACCACUACCUACCCAGUCUCCCACACCACUGAAGAAGAAUUGACUACUUCUACUUACACUUCCACCGACUCUGAAGGUAAUGUUACCACCGGUACCACUACCUACCCAGUCUCCCACACCACUGAAGAAGAAUUGACUACUUCUACUUACACUUCCACCGACUCUGAAGGUAAUGUUACCACCGGUACCACUACCUACCCAGUUUCUUAUACAUCAGAUGAGGUUUUGACUAGUAGGUCAAUUGUUUCAAGUGUAUUACCAUUGAAUUCUUUUAGUUCUUCUAGUGUAAGCGUUUCUGCUGGUAGUUUCGUAUCUUCAAGUAGUGAGUAUUUCGUAAGUGAGGCAGAGUCAACGCGUGGUAGUUUCAGUUCCAUUAGUAUUUCAUCAUCAUUCGUAUACCACAAUUCAUCUGUUUCUUCUCAAGGUACCCUGUUGUCAAGUGAUUCGUUUAGUUCAUACCAUUUAACUUCAAAUCCAGUUAGUUCACAAGAGUUAACUUCCAAUUCAGUUAGUUCACACGUGUUAACUUCCAAUUCAGUAGUUGUUACUGCCUCAAGUUGUUCACCAUAUACGUCUAUUGAUUCUAAAAUGUUUUCUUUGAAUGCUGAUGCAUCUGAAUCAACAAGAACUUCCUUGGUAUCAAAAUCUACUUCAAACUACUUCACAUUCACUAAUAUCGUUGAGAGUUCCAAUUGGUCUCCUUCUAGUAGUAACGAAGAUCAUUCUACAAUAUCCACUUCAUUAUAUACAUCUCAAAUUAAAUCAUCAAAUACAGCUGAGAUAACUGAGAUUACAAGUCAAGUUACAGUGACAGAUUCUUUCGGUAGUAUUAUUACAAUUACUACCACUGUUCCUUGCGAGACGUCCACUGACACCGUGAAACCAACUGAAAAUACUACUCAUGUCACUACCACCGAUUCUGCUGGUCACACAACUGUCAUAACUUCUGACAUAGCACCAACUCCAUCUACUUCUACUGACACUGUGAACCCAACUGAAAAUACUACUCAUGUCACUACCACCGAUUCUGCUGGUCACACAACUGUCAUAACUUCUGACAUAGCACCAACUCCAUCUACUUCCAUCAAUGUAACUAAAUCGACUGACGCCGCUUCUAACACCAUUAUCCCAACCGGUUCUGAUGAAAAAUCAUCUUCUACAUUGUCUGCAAGUGUAACUUCCAAUGGGGUUAACACUUCUACGUUAUCUUUGUCAAAUAGUUCCAAGUCAGCAGAAUCGACCGACUUGAGCAAUUCAGAAAAUGAGAGCCUGACAAGCACAUCUUACGUUCCAUCAGCUACAGUUGGAAUUUCUUCAUCUUUCGAAGGCGCAGGUAUAUCUAAUAAGAUGAGCAAUACGUUGGGUAGUUUCAUUGGUAUGUUUAUUUUAGCAAUAUUAGUUUAA